AUGGAGUUGCCAGAAGGAUUCAGAAGACAAGGGGAGCACAAGAGUGCACAUGAUUAUUCACUCUUCACUCUGCAUCAAGGUGAUGAUAUAGUGGUAUUUCUUGUAUAUGUUGAUAAUCUUUUCCUUACUGGAAGGAAUGCAGAAUUGAUUGAUGCAACCAAGAACAAGUUGCAUCAACAAUUCAAGAUGAAGUUAACCACACUAGAAUAUGAUCAAUCCACAGGUGCACGAGGUGAUGAAUUAUUGUCUGAUAUUUCUUUUUAUCAAAGACUGAUGGGCAAACUCAUGUAUGGUACUAUUACAAGAGUAGAUAUAAAUUUUGCAGUCCAAACACUCAACCAGUUCAUGCAGCAUUACAAGGGAUCACACUGGGAUGCUGCUACCAGGGAACUCAAGGUUCUCAUUACUUUGCCCAUAUCAGUAUUUAGUGACAGCAAUUCAGCCAUUCAAUUGGCAAACAACUCUGUGUUUCAUAAGAGAACAAAACACAUAGAGAUUAACUGUCACUUCAUUAGGGACAAGAUCAAAAGUGGAUUGAUACAAGCUGUACAUGUUCAGACGCAUGAUCAGAUUGCUGACCUUCUUACCAAAGGUCUAAGCCAAGCUCAACAUGCCCAUUUAUUAGGCAAGCUUGGUGUUCUCAACAUAGUGCACCCUGCAGCUUGA